AUGAAAGAUUUCACAGUCGAGACCGGAGCUGGGGCUGUGCACGAGCAAAAGGAUAUAAGUGUGAAUGUAGAAAACUCAAGCAAGAGCAGGAAACACAGCAUCACUUUGGACCUGACGAACAACGAGGCGUUUGCAUCAACUUCAGAGUUCUUCUUCGACGACGAGGAUGAUUACAUCAUCUUGCAACUCGAAGAUGAGGUUUCAAGGUACGACAUGGAAUCAGAGGCGAGGCAUGAGGUCGAAUCAGUGGACGACUCGGUCAUCAUGGUUGAAGAGCCGACGGAAGGCUCAAGUGCUCGAGGGUCGACCCUGACAGAAGAUGACAAAGCUGAUUGGGCAUCGCUGCGCUCGCGAGUGUGUCAGAUCGUCGUAGAGACUCUACGGCACCUGAGGAGCAGAAGGGACAUGGCGGAAUGUGGAGCAGAGGAGAUCCAGUUGAAGCGUGUGUUUGACAGAGACGAGGUAGCAUCGAAGAAACAGCAGGAGGGGUGGAAGGUGAGGGAGCUCUGUGGAUAG